AUGAGAUUAAUAUCUACUAUCGUUAUAUUAUUGGCAUGCCUUUGCAAUAUAAUUAAUUGUUCAGGUCAAAUCGAUCAGUUCUUUAUGAUGACCAAAUUUGGUAUGUUCUUUUCAUUCAAUACUACCACUGGUCAAUUGAUUACCAAUCAAAACACAAAGAGCGGAGACAAAUAUUUCUUUUACGCAGCCGUCGACUCCAACUCUACCACCAAUACCGUAACCUUUUUGGGUACUGACAAGACCGACCGAAACGAUUAUCUCAUCGAAUAUAACAUUGAACACAAUAACUUUACCAAUUUACAAGGUAUUGAAGGUCAAUAUGGAGGCUUUGAAUGGUCACAAAUUUUUGCUUAUGAUCCAGUCCACAAUUUCGCUGCCCUUCCAUCAAUCGUUAUGAACGAACAAGAAGCCAACCUUACCAUCUUUGUUUGGAACUUUACUUCCCAAGAACUUGAAGAAAUUACACUUCCAACUGGUUCAUUGAACCAAAAUGAUAUGACUCCAGUUGCUUCAUACGAUAUUGAGACUGGUAACUAUUACAUUGUCUAUUGUUUGGCCAAUCCAAAGAUUCUCUAUUUGGUCGUUUACAACAUGUUGUCAAGAAAGAUUGUCCAAGAUCCAAUCGCCUUUGACAUUUACAUUCCAACUCCACAAAUUGUCUUUGCCGCUGGAAAGCUCUUCCUCAUCAACACCUACCCAAUGCAAAACUAUGAAAUCUACAACGUUGACGUUACCGCCAAGACUGUUACUCCAGCCUACACCAUUGCCAACAGCUGGACCACCAACCAAGGUUCUGAUUUCGAUAUGGUCAUUGGUCAAAAGGGUACCUCUAUCGUUUUAUUCUCACACAGCAAGCUCGCUUAUACUUGCACCACCAUUGACCUCGAAACCAUGUCUUUCCACGCUUCACCUUCUUAUCAAACUGAUAUUAAAUUUGGUUAUGAAUGGGUUUCUGGUGCCAUCUAA